AUGGAGAGCCACUCGUACGCUCUUGCAAAGAAGAUACUUGACGAGCUCGAAAAUGACCUUGAAGGCCUCUACCAGACACUCAGCGUGUGCGUGAAAAAAGAGGCUCUUGUCUCUCCCGAGGUCCUUCUGAGCAUUAUUGUGCACAAAAAGGCGCUAAAACCGUCAAAAAUCCUUGCUUUGCGCCUGCUUAGCAACGUGGAGGCGCCGGAAGAGGUCGCAGAGGCAGCGCAUCUGCUGAGCAACAUUCGGAGCACCUUCAGGAUCUCCGAAAUCAUCAAGAGCGAGCUCGAAACUUCCGAUGAAAUAACGGAAAAUGUGGCCGUUAUUCUGGAAGUAUUCUCAAAAAUGCUGGUCCAGCUCCCCCAGAAGGCCCGGGAUACGCUGGUCAGCUCGAUAGAGGAGGCUGGCAUAUUUAUCCUUGUGAAUGUCUGGGCCACGGGCGAAGUCUUGCGCCUGUAUGGAGGGAUUUUCCACGAAAUAUCCCCAGAAGACGUUAAAAGGGCCAGGAGCCAGCGAAAAAGAGAAAGCACCCCGUACAGAGUGCCCGUUGAGGAGUCCGUAUGCGGGAAAAGCAGCAUUUUGGUCCACCGAAGAGAGCACGCCUAUUUCACGCCCAGGUACUUCUGCGGGCAUAGAGAAGUCUCUAGCAGCGCGUACGAGCGCAUAUUCGCGUUUCAGGACGAGUAUGAGGUAAUAAAUAAGGCACUUUUCAGCUGGUGCAAUACAAAUGGCGACUUGAAGGGCCUGGAGUGGGUGCUUAUAUGGCACAUAAACAACCUGGCAGUGCACACAGAGGCUCCCACGUACGAGAGAGAGAUUAUUUUCCUCCUGGGGCCGAUGUUCUACUCGAGCAUCACAAACUUCAUGGAGGAAGCAUCGACGCGCGGGGUUUUUAAAACAUACUUGGGGCUUAUAGAGAGAUGCACCUCAAGCGCAAAUCCGACCAUUCGAGGGGCUUCUUUCGUGGCAGUUCAGAGAAUCACCAGCGCACAUGCGAAGUACUUCUUGCAGGGAAUCUCUCCAAAAGUCGCGCGUAUGGAGAGGGCAGUGUCCGUGCAGGGCCUGGAGAAAGUCUGCCGCCUCCUUCUGGAAGACUUUCGACCUGAGCUCAGGAAAACCCUCGAAAAAGAAGCUGUGAACAUACUGCGGCUUCUGGAAAUACAGCCGGAAGAAGGCGUGGCAGAGCACAGCGCGUGCGUGGUAAGAGUCCUUUCCUCUCUGGACAGCAUACCCAUUUCCCUCUUUUCGCCCUCCAGCAUGUCGCUUGUCCUGUGGGCUGCUGAAAAUGGAGGAAUAACGGACAAGAAGGCUCUGGAGUGGAUUGAGAAGUACACUGCGGAAACUGCAAAUGUGUACGACCCGGAGAGCGAGAAUAUCCUCCUGCGGGCGCUCGGCUUCUGA